AUGCCCCACCGCAGCAAGAUUACCAACACCACCCUCCCCAUAUCCUCACCAUCCAUCUCCCGCUCUACGAUCAACGAAACCACAUUCUCGAACCUGACCCCGUCAGACUCAAUCGACCGCAGCGAACUCGACCAGACGACGCUCCUCGGACCCCUGGAACCCGACGCUCCGCAGCAUCACAAGAAGAAAUACGCGCAGUCGAGAACGGUAAUCAACCGCUCGCGGGUCGUCCACUCGACUUUAUCAAACUCCGACGCCCGUCGCUCAAACAUCAAGAACAGCAUCGUUCUCAAUUCUGGCGCGAAGUACUUGUCCGCGAAGGACUCUAAGCUGCAGACCGUGGUGACACGACGCAGUGAUGUCAAGAACACGACAGUCAGCGACAGUUCCGUUGCGCGGAGCAAAGUGAGCGAUUCGGCAGUGGAGGAGAGCCUCGUGCGAAAAAGUAGGCUGGAUGGCACGGGGCUAGCACGGAGUUGGGUGAAGAAGAGCCAGUUGAUUGAUUGUGAUGUGAACGAUUGUAUGAUUAUUAAGUCGGAUUUUAAGGGGAUGGUUCUGAGGUAUGGGGUGUGGAAGAAGGGGAGGUUGGUGGGGAGAAUGGGGAAUAGGGAGGUUGUGGCUCUCGGGAGAGGUGGACAGCCACUGGAGUUAUCAGAAGAGGGAAUUGUCACCAAGGAGCCCGAGGUGUGGAUGAAGAUGGAGCCGGAUUCAGAGAGUUCGGAUUCAGAGAAUGACGAGGCAGAUGCGCCGCCUCCGUAUACAGAGCAUGCAUAG